UUCGCAGCGUCUUCGUCUUUAGAGGCGAAUGCACAGUUGCGCGCGACGCCGCGUCAACUGCAGACGUACACGCAGCUAUCCGACUAUGCCGGCCUCAUGCUCGAGCGCGUGAACCUGGAGCGCGCGGUGCAGGGGCUGCCGGCGCUCUGCGCGAACAGCAAACUGCAGGCUGCGGCCCAGCGCCACUCGGACGACCAGGCCGCCAACGACUUCAUGGACCACGUGGGCUCGGACGGCUCGACGAUGUCGCAGCGCGUCUCGGACGCCGGCUACGACUGGCGCGGCGUGGCCGAGAACGUGGCCGCGGGCCAAGCGGACGUGACGGAGGUCAUGGACGCGUGGAUGAACUCGGAGGGCCACCGCCACAACAUCCUGGGCGACUACACGAUGCUCGGCGUCGCCUACGCGUACACGCCCGACGGCCUGUACCGCCACUUCUGGACGCAGGACUUCGGCCGCAGCGACACCGAGCAGUGCGACGGCAGCGCCGACACCCCA